UGGGACGCCCUGCCUCAACAAUACAGGCAGCAGCUCACAACAGCAGCAGCUUUAAAUCCUGUUAUAUAAUUUUCACAGGUCCUGUCGAUCUAUUCAUAGACCGUUUUGUUAGAGUCCCAAAAUGAGCGACUUCGCGGCGGGUAACUUUAAUCCUUGCUGAGAGGAAAUGGCAGCGCACAGCUUCUGUUAGCUUCUUUUAGCAUAGUGCCAGAUGCUAGGCGAGUUAGCUAACGUAACCGCCGGCAGCUAGUCGUUUAAAGUAGCGUUACGGAAUCUUUGUGGGUGAGUCGCACCAUGUCGUGGAGCUAUUGAAUAUCUUGGGGAUUAGGUGUCAGUCAACAGAAGCGACCAACCAGCACAGUCCGAUGUGUUUCCUAUACUCGUUACCACCGUUGCCUGGUUGAAAUUCACGGGGAACCUGGAGUUAGCUUAACCGCUACGUCAACAACAACAUCCAGCAAACUGGAAAAAACGUUGGAUUUAGUCGGGUUUAAAUCGGGCUCGGCGGGUUCGCUGACCCCUCAGAAGAAGAUGAAGAAGAGGAAGGAGCUGAACGCCUUGAUAGGACUCGGGGACAGUAAGAGAAAGAAGACAAAAAAGGGGUCGGGUCACCGCCUCCUCCGAACUGAACCGCCGGACUCGGAGUCCGAAUCGAGUUCAGACGACGACGAGUUCAACAACCUGAACGGCGGAGUCAACUUUGGCAAAAGAAGCUACACACAGUGCUGCAGUGUGUGCUACCCCUUGUUUUUGUUCAUCAUACUAGCUGCUUGUGUCAUGGCCUGUGCUGGACUCAUUUGGAUGCAGAUUGCUUUGAAAGAAGAUCUUGACUCCCUAAAAGAAAAGCUGCACAGCAUGGAAUCCAGCCAGAAGGUGUCCUCAAGUGAAAUUCCAAAACUAAGUGACGACCUGAAAAACAAGGGCAGAAAGCUUGAUGACAUCGAGAAUGGGGACAAGGGUUUAAUUAAACUCUGGUCUAACCUAACAGAAAUGAAUAGAAAGAUCACUUUGCUGGACUCAGCUGUGAACCACUUGAAGGCCAACUUGAAAUCAGCCGCUGAUUUGAUUAGUCUUCCCACAACAGUUGAAGAGCUUCAAAAGAGUGUUGCCACAAUUGGUAGCACACUAACAAGUGUCCAGCAUGAUGUGAAGACAAUGCAGACUGCCCUUGAAAAUGAGAAGAAAGAUGAUGACUUUAAAAAGACAAUGGAUGUAACGGAUCUGAGGAAAGCAGUUAGCGAAGCUAACAAGACAGAGGAGCAGCACCAUACGUGGACCACUGAGCAGUUCCAUGUUCUCCUGUCUACAGUUGCAGAUCUACGUCAGAGAGUGGAGUCGUUAGAGAGUGGCUCAAAACAAACUGUAAAUGACGAUAACGCAGCAGCCAUGAGUGAAACUACAACAACUGAGACGGCGAAAGAUGCUACUACAACCGAAGCACCGCCUGAAGAUGUGCCGGAGAAAUCCACGCCACAGACUGUGCCGCUCACAAGGAGACAUCCACGCUUCUUAACUACAAAACGCUCCAAGAGGAAUGCUAAGACAAGAUGCCAUGACAGGAUCUACCUGCCUGGUGUCAAUUCUCUGAAAGAGUUGGAGGACAUCUUCCAGCAAGCUGGGGUUGGACAACGUUCACUCGGAUUCGAUUACCAGGACCUGAGGAAAGUAUUUGGAACAUCACUUCCUGAUGCUCAAACUUUUGACUGCUUUGACAGUGACAGGAACCAAAUGUAUUCCUUAAUGGAACUGAGAGUUGCUGUUGGUUUUUGAGCACAUUAUCACUGACAGCAGUGAACAGUAUUGAAACCCAGUCGGGUCAGGGGUGUUUGGAGUUCCCUCCCUUCCACUGUCGUUGCUGCACUUUUGUGAACUGAGUAUUUUAUCUUACCGAUGUGUGCAACAGCGCUGGCAUGUCCUCCUUACUCACUCCCCCUCCCCUCGGUCUGGACCCCAGCCACAAAACAUCAUCUUAAAUUUGAACACCAAUCUGCAGAAUAUCGAGCUCUCAUUUUAGCAAGUGUAUUGGUUUGUAUUCAUUAACUGUAAAACGUGAGUGUUGUGAAUUAUGUUGGGUCCUACUGUCUACUCUCUCAAAUUUGCUAUUAUUCUCUUUUGUUUUGUUCUUUUAAACAAUUGGUUUCAUCUUGAUGUAACACUUUUAUUUAUCUAUCAUCUUUGGAGGCUGUGAAUGUCGAUCUGUCGCAGAUGUCACCCAUCAACACCUGGUACAACUCACAUGAAUCUUAUUUAUGGAGCUCCAUGUGGAAAUUUUAUGAAUGUUUACAAAUGACUACUAUCAGCAGACCUUUUGUGAGACUUUGUUUUUAGACAGUUUACUAACUUAUCUGAAACACAAAACUGAGUACAAGAGUGGAGGGUUUUUGUAUGCUCUUUUCUAAACUAAAUCUAAAGUUGCUGUUUUUGUUGUGUGUUUUUGUUGUUUCUCAGUUAGCUGUAGUAGGGGUUGUAUGUUUAGUAGUGCAUCUGUUGUUUCAUCCGUUGUAGGGCUUUUUUCCCACUUGUUACAGUUUUUAGUCCUACAAGAUUUGAAGGGCUAUAAACACUUUGAAUCUCCCGUAAAGAAUUCUGUGGUAACUUGCGAGGCAUAUGUAGCAAUAACAAAUGACGUAGAUGUUGCUUGAUUGGAAUUGCAGUAGACAGAAUGCACACCUAGCUCAGAAUUUUAACAGGUAGUACAGAAAGCACUGAUUAUCACUCUACUUGAUUCAUUUUAUUCCAUUUUUAUGGACCUAAAAGUAGUGUAUUAUUUACAUAACAUGGUUGUUAUACUCAAAUAUUGUUGUACUCUGUAAAAAAUGGUGUAAAUGUUUUCAACACUAAUUAUCUUGUAUAGGGGAUUGGGUUGGCAAAAUUUGCAUUUACGGUCUUAAUCUUAAGAUUGUACAUUUAAUAUUGUUCUGUUGUGCUUUGCAUGUUGCUUACAUCGUAACAUGAACAAAUAAUUUAAUCUUAACAUAAUCAGUGACUUGAUUUUUGCAGGACAGUGGUCAGUUGAGCUCAAAAUAUCAAGUAGCUUUUGGCCAUUGUGACUUAAAUUUUGGUUCCAUGUGGGAUUUUAUGAAUGUGUUUUUUGUGUGGACACCAGGUAAUAAACACACUCUUGAAAGGUU